UCGUCCUCCUCCUCCGCUUCGCAUUUCCUCUUCGAGUACAAGUAGUACUACUAGUAGUCAUCGACUCGUCACGCGCAGCCGCGAACCCAUUUCCAGAGCGAGAGCGGAGAGCGCACCGCCAUUGCCGCACAGCUCCACCGCCCGCAGGCGAGUACCCGGCUCGGGAGGGAGGUGGUUUGGUGCUGGAGAUGGCGGAUCGUCUCACCGAUGAGCAGAUCGAGGACGUGCUCGCGCUCUUCGGCCGGAACGAUCGUCGGACGGCGGCGGCGUCGGCGACGGCGACGGUGACGAAGGUCAUCAUCAUGGAGGCGCCCGAGACGGGACCGAGGGCGGUGGCGGCGGCGGUGGUGGCCGCGGCGAGGAGAAGCACAAGGCCGAUCAUCUCCUACCUGCGCUUCCUCCUGAACCGCCUCAGGGACACCUCCGAUGAGCAGGUCAUCAACCGCUCGAACGACGCCUGGAAUCUGUACCACCGCCUGACAGGGAGCAGCCGCCGCCCCGCCAUCGCCGGCCACGGCGCCUUCCCUACGGGAGAUACCCUCGAUUGCCUGCUCCGUCCGCGCUACUUCAUCCCCAGAAGGCCGCUCUUUCAGAAUUGCAGCCUCUACCGAGUUCUCUGUCAGGUGAGGCGGGCGUCUCCAUCCUGGAAGGAGCUCGCCAUCGGAUUGGGAUUGGCCGCGGCUGUAGUAGGUGCUACUUUGCUCGUGAGGUACUACGGGGAAGAGGCAAAGAGAAGACUCGUCGCUGAUCUUUACACCACUGCCUAUCUCAAGGGAGAGUUCGACAGGUUCGACCGCAACGACGAUGGCUUCAUUACCAGUGAAGAGCUUGGAGAACUGUUGAGCUGCUUAGGGCUAAACCACACUGAAGCUGAACUACAGGCCAUGAUUGAAGAGGCUGCUCCCGAUGGAAAUGGGGCAAUUGAUUUUCAUGAGUUCUUGACGAUUGCACAUAAUUGGGUUAUUAGGGACUACCAUGAUGCAGAGGAAGAAUCGAUAGAAGCUUUCCAGCUAUUUGACAGGGAAUUGAUAUACUGAUGCCUCGACUUUUGAUUAGUGAAGCAUAGAUCAUGUCUAGGACUUAUCUUUUUUUUUUUGGCUCUUCGCGACAAGAUAUUCGAGAGACAAGUUUUGGAUGGCGAGUACGAGGAAAUUCUUAGGAUCACACUGGUAACUUGUGUUCUUGCUCUUUGUUUAGUUAGCUUGUUUAGACACAUUGGCGUGUUUGCUGAUGCUAACUGCAUAUCCUGUAACUCUCCGGUCGCUCUUCACCCACGAAUGAUGAAUUAACAGUUUUGGUUACUGAGGAAGAUAUAUGGUUAUUAGCAUAAAUGGGACAUCAUUACUUCGGCUGAGAUUUUUAGUUGCUUCCUGUUGAUGUGUGUUGUGUUCUGAUCCUCUCUGUUCUCAAUUCAGAAACGGGGAAUUGCAAAUCUGACUAGUAGUAUGCUACUAGGCUAGUGAAGGGUUGCUGGGAGUUGCCUGAUGUGGAUCGGACGGCUCAUAUACAGCGAAUCGCGGCGGCGGAAUCACACAUCGCUGCCUCCGUUGGCCAGGCUCCACCACCGCCUCUCCCUCUUGCUCUUACGCGGCCGCUCCCCGCGCCACCCGUGGCCUCCCGCGGCGGCCGACGUCUUCCUCGUCGUCCUCCUCUUCCGCCGCCGCCACGGCGGGCCGGGAGAAGAGCUCGAGGAGGACGUUGGCGUAGCGUACCUGCUAGGCGUUGCGGCGGCGAUGGUCGGCGCCUCCUACGCGCCGUCCCGCUCUACCGCCGCUUCUGCCAGGCCACCGGCUACGGCGGCGGCACCAUUUCCCUAUCGUAAUAAUCGGUGUUCGGGAACCGAUCGAACCUCGAUUAAGGUGGCCUUGAUUUUGUCGAUAGCAUGGCUCCAUCAUUGAUACUACUGUUUUGUAGUUUUACAAUCUGCUGCUUGGCACUGUUACAUACGGAAUUUGAUGCGAUUGGUCAGCUAUGUGGAUUUUAAUAGCCGAGAUAUAUCAAAUUCAUGGUUGCCUUUGCAUGUGCAGUCCUCUAUUUGUAGGUUGACAA